UAGGUCAAAUUACAGCUCAAAGAGGCAAAAACAUCAUUUUUUUAGGAAAAUUUGCGCAGGGGUUUUUUGGAGGCGCGUAAAAUCAAAACCUGAGAACUUAUCAAAACUUUGAUCUAUACUUUUAAUCAGAAGGGUUCAAACUCUCUCCUGUGCGAGUUUGAAGCCGAAAGACGGGGUAAACUCUCUACUGUUGCUGCAACAGAGAUACAGUCUAUAAGAUAUAUAGAUAUCUUAUGUAUUCAUACAUUGUUUAUGUAGGACAUUUGUUUCUUCAAUUUGAAAAUAUCUGACUGUUUUUUUCCCUCUUCUCUGGGAUUAUAUUGCCAGUUUUGAUCUAGCAUAUAUAAGAAUAUUCUAUUGCUGUUAAGCAAACUAUGAAUACUAAAAAUGUGUCCUUUAUCAUAGCUACACAUAUGACAAAAAACGCGUGAAAAUCGGUCGUAUUCAGUGAGGUAAGAUGAAUUAAAUGCGCUGACAGUUCAUUGCUUCUGUCAAAUGAAUAGCACUGAGUGGAGCGGAUCACCACUCCAAGAUGGCGGCCCCGCGUCUCGUCAGUAGCGCUCGAUGCUGCGCAGUUUUCAAGACGCCGCAGGGGGGCAGCAGUGUAACGCCACGAGCCAUGGUCGACUUAGCUGACGUACAACCUGCAGCGAAGAAGAAGAAUGCAGGAGUUUCGCGUGUGACACGAACUGCGGCGACGACGACAUAGCAAGACAACAUAUGAUUAAAAACCAGUAAAAACAUUCAAAAUGUUGAAAAAGUUGGUAAAGGAGCGACUAAUGGCGGCGGCUGAUGAAAUUUUCGGGCUGUUCGAAAGAACGAUAGCGUCGUACGAGGAAGAACUUUCUCGAAGCAGAGAAGACAAGGAGCGACGACAACAACAACUCGACGCUGUUUUCAAGAAUCGAAUUGUGAUACAAGUUGGAGACAUUCAGCAGCUGAUUGCUCGUCAAGAUGGACUUCCCCUUCAGCCACAUGAGGGGAGAUCCACUUUGAAGCAGCAGGAUCCACAGCCCCCUCACAUCAAAGAGGAAGAGGAGGAACCCUGGAUCACUCACCAGGGAGGAGAGCGUUUUCUGGAGCCAAAGGAUGAUCUCGGUAAGUUGCCACUGACUGUCGUCUCUGUGAAAACCGAAGACCGUGAAGACGAACCACUAGAGUGCUCAGAGCUUCAUCACGGACCAGAUGAGGAGCCUCCAAGCAGCAGCUCACUACUACACAUAACAGAAGAUGAUGGAGGUGACUGUGGAGGAUCACAAGCAAAUAACCUCUUAGCUCCACUUUCAGACAGUGAUUACACAAUAUUUCACUGUCUUGAAGACGGACAUGAAGCCCAAGAGGCUUUAAGCAGCGAUACAGACUACGAAGCUGAUACCAGGACUUACACUGACAACAAAAACUCUGAAUGCUCUGAAAAGAAGAAAGAAAAACCUUUCAGUUGUUCAAUUUGUGGCAUACUUUUAUCUGAUAAGUCAAAUAUGAAAAGACACCUCAGUACACACACAGAAGAAAAACCUUUUUGUUGUUCAGUUUGUGGUAAAAUAUUCCUUAAAAAGUCAGCGAUGGUAUACCACAUGAGAACACACACAGGAGAAAAACCUUUUAGUUGUUCCGUGUGCGAUAAAACCUUCUCCUCAAAGUCAAUUAUGCUUUCACACCGGAGAACGCACACAGGGGAAAAACCUUUUAGUUGUCCAGUAUGCUGUAAAACAUUCACUCAAAAGCCACACAUGGUAUCGCACAUGAGAACACACACAGGUGAGAAACCUUUCAGAUGUUCCGUGUGUGAUAAACCCUUCUCGCUGAAGUCAAAUGUGGUAACACACAUGAGAACACACACCGGAGAAAAACCUUUUAGUUGUUUGGUUUGCGGCGAAAGAUUUUCUCAAAAGACGCACAUGGUAUCACACAUGAGAGCACAAAAAGGAGAAAAACCUUUCAGUUGUGUAGUGUGCGGUAAAUUAUUCUGUCAAAGGUCAAAUCGUGUGGCAAAACACAUGAACACGCACGCUGCAGAGAAGAACAAUUCAAUUGGUCAGUGUGUGGUGAAAAAGUCACAAUAAAGUGACGGAAAGAAAACCACAUAAAUGUAAAGCAGCACACAUGCACACAAUUGAGUAAAACAUUGAAGUUCUCUAGCUUGCACUAGUCUGUAGUAUUUGCAGUCUAAAUGGCCAUAGUGAGGAAUUGUCCAAAAAUAUGGAGCACAACCAACACUUUUAUCUGAAGGAAGGAGUGGGAAAAACAAGCGAAGAGAAAUGUAAAUGAUAAACCAAGCAGUGAAGAUGCCAUUUGUGAAAAAUUCAAAGUUAUCAUUACACUCACUUAGCAAAAACAAUUGAAAAGGAUUUAAGGGAAAUUAGAUAUUCAAAAACGCUAAAUGGCUGAAGCAUUCUAUUUUUGCAAUCAUCAGUAAUUUCAGUUUUAUUUUGGACCUCAAUAAAAAAAGGCUCCAGCACCCGAGACCCAAGAGGGACAAGCGGUAGGAAAUGGAUGGAUAAAACAAAAACAAGUGCAAUUAAAUAGUUGAACGUGCUCAAAAGGAGUAAAAAGCUAAGAUAAUUUGGACACCCUGGUGGCGAUAAACAUCCAAUAAUGAUGUUGAAAUACCUUUUAAACACCAUAUGCUGAAAUUGAUAUAUUAUGCAAAACCCAAAUUUAUUUCCCAUUGGCAUCAGUUUUUGUGUAUAAAAGCCUAAAUUUUAAAAUCAAACCUUGAAGCCACUGUGGAAAUACGUUGUAAAUAAUGUUGCCUUUUUCAAAAGAGUUGCCAACAGUUGUGAUUUAGGUUACCAUUGUUACGAAGUUUUCUGUUAUUUUUAUUCCUCGAGCAGCGUUCGGAGUUGUCAGAAUAAUCGUAUCUAAGUUAUCACAAAACUUUGUGUUGCCAUGAGUCCCCGGCAAGAGGACACGAGCUGUCUUUGAUCUUACCAAGCAGAAGGCUUGUAAAACUCAACUGCGGAGGAUGGGAAGCGACAUGAAGGCGUCGGUUUAUUUGAUCCACAGAAAGAUUUUGUCUUGACCCGAGAACUACAAAGCGGAGAGGAACGCAUCUUUUCUUUGAACUGUUUUAUGACCAAAGGCAACGGCUGUUUACGACCCCCCUUCCUUUAGAAACAGCUGUUGCCAUGUAAUCAGGGAAAGUCCAAAUAAAAGAGGAUGCGUUCAACCUUUCAUUGGAGCGUGGUGGAAGACUGUACAAAGAGUACAGCCCAGAUGUUUCUCCUCAAUGAGCUGAAUUGAA